UCUUCCAACACUCAUAAUCACUUUGGUCGCCAGCUUUCUUCACAUACACUCAAAUAAAAAAACAUCUCUUUCUCCAAACAAAUAAUAAGUAUAUCAACACCUCUCUUAAUUUCUCAGUCGAUCAAUAUCAAGACAUACCAUAUAAUAAUGGUGCCGUACCAAGAGCUCGCUCUGCAGAGAAGCUUCAGCUGUUACACAAGAAAUAUCAAUCCAGAGACCUCUCCGGCGCGUGGCUCUCAUCCCCGUUCUCCUUCCUCCUUCGCUUUGAUCCCAACCAACCCUGAGCAUCAUGAACUCUUCCUCGUACCAAGCCGGAGACUCUCCUCCUCGUCUUCUUCUUCCUCUAGCAGCAUCGUGAAAGUCAACUUGAGGCUUUCUUACUUCUUACGUUAUCUCAUCAACCUCAUUAACCUACCCGUUUGCAACUUCCUCUCGUUUCCUUCUUCCUCCAGCGUUUCUAACCAGAUUAUCUCAUUCGUCACCGGUGGCUCCUCUUCCCUCGGGAAAAGAGUCACAGGGACGUUGUACGGACACAGAAGAGGCCACGUCACGUUUUCAGUCCAGUACGGUCCGAGUUCCGACCCAGUGUUUCUCUUGGACCUAGCCAUGUCAACGGCAACUCUAGUCAAAGAGAUGUCGUCUGGACUCGUCAGGAUCGCGUUGGAGUGCGAGAAACGUCACCGGUCGGGUACUAACCUUUUCCACGAGCCUAAGUGGACCAUGUAUUGUAACGGGAGGAAGUUCGGUUACGCGGUGUCGCGUGGCGGCGCGUGUAAAGAGUCGGAUUGGCGCGUGUUGAACACGGUAUCUAGGGUUACGGUUGGAGCUGGAGUUAUUCCGACGGCGAAGAGUAUUGAUUACGCGUCAGGUGGUGGAAAGGAGCUUGGGGAGUUGUUGUAUAUGAGAGGUAGAUUUGAACGAGUCGUGGGGACUCGUGACUCGGAGGCGUUUUACAUGAUGAACCCUGACAAAAACGGAGGUCCUGAACUCAGUAUUUUUCUUCUUAGAAUAUAAGUAAAACAAAUAUGUUUUUAACUUAUUACACAAUGUGAAAAUGUCCUUGGUGACGUUUUAAAACAUUAGUGAUGAAUGUAAUGUUGUUUCAUGAAGUAUAUGUAAUCGAUAGUGAGAAUGCCUAGGAGGGUGUGUUAGGUUUUUCUAAUUGUUUAUUUG